AGGAGGAGGCCGCUGCCGUCCCGGAGGGAGGGAGGGAAGCAGGGAGGGGGCGCCAGGAGCGCGGAAGGCCGCCCCCCCCCCCCCGCGCCGAGGGAGGAAGGAGAAGCCGGGACAGAGACAGAGCAGCAGCAGUUUAUUUUAAGAACAUAAGGAAGACUGUAAAGGAAAACCAAGGUUUCUGAUGCCAGUGACAGAAGCUGCAUGCAGACCUGGGAGCUUGGACAUGUGUUAUUAUCGACCCUGAAUCUACUUAACUGCUGCAUCUUCUACAGAAAAGAAAUGGCAUUUGCACCGCCCAAAAACCCGGAGAGCCGCAAGAUGCAAACCAAGAUGAGCACCUGGACACCUCUGAAUCACCAGCUCAUGAAUGGUAAGGUAUUUGAAGAAAGAAGAAACUUGCUGGGGAAAUGGUUUGACAAAUGGACGGACGGUCAGAGGCGGAGUGUCCUGAUGGAUCUCUUGGAGCGCUGCUCCCCCUCCCAGCUGAAGUUCUUUGCCAAGCAGCUGCAGGAUCGAGUUCCAGCUGAAGCGCUGGAUUUCACCAGGAGGCUUCCCCGGGCAUUAUCCUUGUACAUCUUUUCUUUUUUGGAUCCUCGGAGCCUCUCUCGAUGUGCCCAGGUCAGCUGGCACUGGAAAUACUUGACGGAGCUGGACCAGGUCUGGAUGCGGAAGUGUCUGCGCUAUGGGUGGUACAUCAACUUCUCUCCAACUCCAUUUGAGCAAGGAAUUUGGAAGAGACACUACAUCGAGAUGGUGAAAGAGUUGCAGGUUACCCCGCCUAAGACCCCUCCAAAAUAUGACUUUGUGGUGGUGGAUGUUCAGCCUGUCGCUAAAGAGGUCCUGGAGAUGAAGCCGUCCCUGUCAUCAGUCCUCCAUUCAGCAUCUCUGCUCGGAAAGAAGAUGAGCAAGGACAAGAGGGAGCUCCCUCCUUGGCGUUCCUCAGAUAAACAUCCAACGGACACCAUCCGAUUCAAUUACCUGGACAACUUUGAUCCCAUUGAGGAAGCAAGGCAGGCUAGAAAGAAAGGAGGAGGGCUCACCCCAGACCUCGGCCAGCUGGCCUGUCAGGAGAAAAGGAAGCCAGGCAGCGGAACGUACAAACUCCGGAAAGCAAAGUCCUUGCGGCCUAGAGCUGAGUUGCCAAGGACACAGGAGUGUAGAAGUCAGAUGGCCCUUUCCGCAGACUUUGGCUCGCAGCCAAGAGGUCCAGCUCGCCCAAGCUGGGCGACUCACCAGUCAACUGGCUACCCUGUGACCAAAGCCACGGCCAAGAUCCUUGCCCAAAGCGCCCAGUGGAAUGCGGGGAUACGGCCAGCACCUGUCCGGGGCCCAGUCCCAAAGCUGAGCGAGAAGGGGAAGAAGGCCUUCGCGAGAACAAGCAGAAGUUCCCCAACAGCGCCGCUGUUUGAGAGUCAGCCCUGGCAGGUUCCGGCAUCCAGCCGAGAGUCGGAUGCAGAGCAGGAAGAUGCAGGAAGGGGCGUCUUCACCACAUCCCCGCUGCAUUAAAGGGGAAAGGCGGUCAGGUUUUCUCCACAUGUUGCACCCCCCCAGCCACAAAACAGACUCCGUGAAGAAGGAGGAACGGCUGUGUGGGUGAAGAUCUAAGUGUCAAGCGGACAAUCCAGGGAUUGAUCAUGUCUGAAACCCCCCUUGCGAGGGUGUUGUGCCUGCAUUUCAGCAACUGGGUUCCGACACCCCCUUGGUCAAGAACUCAUCAAGCGACCGGGUCAAUCUCAGCCUGAAUUUCUAAGCUGUAAAAUGGGUGGUGGGGUGGCUUACCCCACAUGGCCAUUGUGUGAGGGUGAAUUCUAAAGCAGUUUGGGUUUUUGUCAUUAUACUUGGACUAAUUUUGAAUGCAGAAUUGGAAUCAUAGAAUCUGAGAGCUGCAAGGGGCCUUGGCGGUCUCCUGGUCCAACCCAUCUGCUCAGUGCAGGAAGCUGACACAAACAGCAGGUAAAUCAUAGGGGAAGCAUCAUAAAUAAUAAUAAAUAAUAAUGCCUAAUCACUUGAAGGAACUGUAAUGGCUAAUGCCAAAGUCACCAAUGUAGCGAUCACCACUACCUACCCCUUGUUCCUUUUUCUGCACAUUUUCUGCCUGCUGGGUCUACCCCAACAUCAACUGAAAGCUCCUGUGAAUUGUAGAGUACCCUGUUUCCCCGAAAGUAAGACCUACCCCGAAAGUAAGACCUAGCAGUAAUUUCUGAUGUACCGCUAAUUGCCCUAGUGCAUUUUUUGAGGCUAAAAUUAAUAUAAGACACUGUCUUAUUUUCGGGGAAACACGGUAUAAGCGCCUUGGGGUCAGGGUCCUGUCUUUUUGCUCAUGCUGCUGUAUAAAGCAUGAUGUGCACUGACAAUGCUAUAGAAAGUCCAGAGAGCUUGGUUUGAGCCUGUAUGGUGCUGAACCGGCAGGAAUUUUGUGUGGCUGGAUGGGAUAUGGAUGGAUGGAAUGAAUCAACCCAUCAAUGCACAUGCGCCUUUGUGCCCAUCCCCCAGUUCCUAGCCUUUGGUCACCCUGUUUGGGGGCAGAAUUGAGGAAGGGGCUCUGCAGAUACAGUGGGAGGGUUAGUGGAGCCAGGCUCAUAAGAAGCACCCUGCUGGAUCAGGCCCAAGAAGGCCCAUCUAGUCCAACACCCUGUUUCCCAUGGUGGCCCACCAGAUGCCUCUGGGAAGCCCACAAGGAAGAAGUGAGGAGGACAUGCUCUCUCCCUUGCUAUUGCUCCCCUGCAACUGGAAUUUGGAGGCAUCUUGCCUCUGCUGGAGGUAACUGAACCAAAUCUGAAUGCAAACUGAAAUACCGCUUGAGAGAGGUUUUUUCAAAGACUGGAACUGAACCAGAACCUCAAUUGUUCUGGUUGCCUUGAACCUGAACUGGAACCAAACCCUUAAACACACACACAGAAUGGAAACUGGUUCCACAUCAGUGGCUUAGUAAUCAGUAAUCACUCAGCUUUCUCUUGUAUAAUUUAUGUUUUAUGUUUCUUGUUUUUUAUCCUCCUGGGAUGUAUUUUCCUUGUAGCCCCCUUUUUUAAAAAUCCCAAAAUAAACGAUUGCAGGAAAUGGCAUUCCUUUCAAGA